CUGUACUGGGAACCCUCUUUUUGUUCGCAUGCUCCAUUAUAGAGCUUGAAAGCUUCAACGAAAGCGGUGCUUUGAUAAAGCUUUGUAUAACAUCGCGAUCCAAAAGUACAUGCAUAAAAAUACAAGAACAUUUCGAUCUGUUUAAUUAAAGUUUUGCAUUCAACUGAUACCUAUUAAUAAUACGUAAUCGGAAGUGAUGGUUAUGCAAAUUUAAAAAAGAAUAAUUAAAAAUUAGUUGCUCCAAAUUCUAAUACAAAAUGUUAAAAGAAAGUGUGUGUAUGAGAGUCUUUUGUUGACACUGAUUGCUUUUUUAAUUAUUCAGAAUGUUUUCGGAAAUAUUCCUAAUGUCGUUAUGCCUAGUGCUUGGAGAAAGUUCUUGCCGGUUGCAAAAUCCUAAUUGCAAAAACUACAAAAAAUGCAACACGUUUGAUUUUUCAUGCGACAAAUCAGAGGAAUGUGUUAAUUAUGACAAACAAACCGAAUAUUGUUCCCCGUGUAAUGCAACUUAUUUUGGUGAAGUUGGUCAUACCUACGAGUUAACUAUCAAAAGACCGAUAAGUAGCAAAAUGCCCUUUUUGUGUUUUUUAAAUUUUACAGCUGCGGGCGGCACUUAUGGAGACUUAGUUCAGCUCAAUUUUGAGUCAUUUGCCGUUGGAAAUUUCGAGUCUUUCACAAUGGACGGUUGUCCUAAUGGGUUCAUGACAAUAAGAGAAUCAGACAGACCUAUAACAGGAAAGUGGUGCGGAAGCGCGUGGGGUUACACCGUUUAUUACAGCGAAACAUCCAGCGUCAAUAUUACAUUAUUUUUGAAACAUUUUCAUCAGCAGAAUCCCGAUUCCCAAUUCGAAUUUAAAUUGUCUUAUAAAUUUUUACGAGUUAGAGAAGCCCGCCUCAGAUAUGGAAAUUUCACACAAAAAUCGUAUAGGGGAAAAUUGCAAAAGAACACCUACUGCGAUCGCCUCCUCGAAGGUUGCAGCCGGCGUCAGUGUAAAAUACAAUCACCAAACUAUCCAGGAAUUUAUCCUCGGAACGUAACAUGCCAUUACAGGAUAAGGGAGAGGCAGCCGCCCCCCGGAAAACACGCUCUUGUCGCUAUUAGGCAAAUCAACACUCAAAAUAAAGAAAAUGGUUUCAAAAUUGAAUCUGGUGACAAUUUUCGAAUAUGGGAUCAAUGUGACGUGAUACAAGAGUUUAUAGAAGUCAGGGACGGACUUAAUAAAAAUUCAUCUUUAUUGGCUCAUUUUUGUACCAUCAAUACAAUCCCGGAAAUUGUAGGUAGCGGACCUGAACUCCUGGUGACGUUUCAUACAUCUCCAUACGGAAAUCCAUUUCAUCCACUUCCGCUUUCUCAUUUACCUGGAUUUGAAUUCGAAAUUGAGAUCUUCUACGUAGAAAAGGAAUCAUCUCAGUACAUCGAAGACGGAAAGAAAUGCGAGUUCAUAUUGACUCCGAUAGACAAUUCGUCAGGUUUUCUUCAGAGUCCUAGGCAUUCGUUGCCACCAAACACCACCUGUCAUUACCACUUCAAAGGUCAGAAACACGAGGUCAUUUGGAUAACGUUCAUUAAAUAUUACGUGGCCGGCGAAAAGGUCGGUAACUUCGGCUACGACGAUUGCAACGUCGAACUGCAACUGUGGGACGGUGACUUCGGGGAGAGUGGAAAGUCGAAACAAAAAAACGCCCUUAUUAGUCGUUUCUGCAAGGACGAAAAACCGAAACUCUGCGACCAUUCGCUAUUGAGAAAUGCCACGAGAACCACACGUCCGUGUGAAAUGCACGAAAGCUACAUAUCAUCCGGUUCAGAACUUUCCAUAAGCUUCUCUAAUCGAUACGGCAACGUGCUGCUUCCGGUCCAGUUCCUUCUCAAAUACGAGUUCGUAGAUCUGUUCCAAGAAGGCUAUAAUAUGACCAGCACCUGCGACAGGGUCUUCCAAGGGGGAACUGGUAAAUUCUCGUCCCCAAAGACAACCUUCCUUUACGGAAGGGGAGGCCAAGAGAACCUCAGGUGUUCCUACAUGUUCGAAUUUCCGGAAGAUCACAGACUAAAACUGACCUUCACCAGGGCAACUCUAGGUCGAAAUAAAUGCCAGACAACUUAUGAUAAGGAUAGAAAUAUACGUCAUUGCACGUCUUUCAAUAAUAAUAAUAAUUUAUUUCAAGAGAGGGGUCAUGGGAAGAUCGAGGUCAUUGAAUAUCCAUGGUCCGACAUAAGUGUUCCAAUUUGGUGCAUGUGCGAAAAUUUCAGCGUAAAUUUCGAGGUGACCACAAAAGUUGCCGAAAAAGUUGUUGUUGUUUUCACAGUAACGAACAUGAGCGUGUCCGAUGACUACAAUGAUUUUAACUUUGAAGGGACAUACGAAUAUGUGCCUCUGCAAUCGAAACUUUGUACUAGCUCGUAUAAGACUCGUCGACUUCAUGGUAAAAGCGGUGAAAUUACAACAGUGAAUAUGGAUUUCAACAAUUCGAUGGACAAAUGCGUUCAUCAACCGUGGCUGAUAGAGCCCGGCGAUUCUUACAAAAAUUUCCUGUAUUUAAAAAUAAGAGGUUUAGAAAUGCACAAUUCGACGAAAUGUUGGACUGAUAACAGGAUUUUGGUCUACUCCCCAGUUUAUACUGAUUACGUUCAUGUUAUAUGUCCAGCUCCGAGCGGUGAGGAUUCCAGUUAUGUUGAACUGUUUUCUGAAGGAUGGUCUUCGUUAGACACUGUGUUCAUGCAAACAAAAACGUCGAAAAGUUUUAUUGUCGAAUUUUUGCAGAAACAGCCCGGGGAGUUUCUUGUUAAUUGGUUGGAAGUGUCGAGAAAUCCAGCACUCAAUCUCCCCACUUCCUUAUUCGUUACCAAGAAUCCAGAUUGUCCACACAGCUGUCCUGAACUUGGCGCUUGUAUAAGUUCCGAUCUGUGGUGUGAUGGAUUGGUCCAUUGUCCUUCAGGAAGUGACGAACAAGAAGUGAACUGUUCCAUAAACAAAGGAAGAUUCAUUAUCCAAGUUUUGACAUCCUCGGCAGUGUUGGCGGGACUUUUAACGGCAAUUUUCAUAGUCGCGACGUUCAUCUUUUGGAAGCGGUGGAAACGAGAAAAAAAGACUGCUAUCACUUCCGUUACCGAUCACACCUUUUUGGAAUUCAAGACUGGAUUUUGUUAGUCGAUAAAUAAGUGGAAAAUUAUAUUAAUCUAUAACUAACUAUUACAAAACGAACGCAGGAGAGGAUUUCUAGAAGUCAUUUCAAAGAAAUACUUACAGGGUAUCUUAUUUUUCUUAAAAUUAGUAUUCUUAUUAUUAAUUAAAGGUAAAAGUAAUAGGAGAAACAGAGCAAUAAAUAACGGCGUAGUUUUAAUGUAAUCUUCUGUAAGGACUAAUAUUUUUAGCUAAUUUUAUUCCUUUUAUUAAAAUAGUAAAAUGCUUAAAUAUUCCUAUUUUUAAAAUCAUUUCCUUUAAAGGACUUGAUGUCUAUAUUAUAGCCACGUAUAGUUCUUCAAAUUUUGGCACCCUCUAGGUUUUUGUACGUAAAUUUUUUUACCCAAAAUUGACCUUGCUGCCCUAAAAGUUCCGUUACAAAAUAUAUGUAAGUCCGUGUAUACAUGUAAUGACCCCUUUGAAGUUGGUAUGACAACGUUAGCAGCAGGCAAAAAUACCCGGGAAACUUAAAAUCCAAUUUGCAUGCUAACUUCGAUUGAGAAAUUGUAAAAUCCUAGACAGCUAGAACCGGUAUCAUAAUUGGUUGCUAAUUAACCACCAAUAAUGUAGUACUACUAUUAACAAGAGGGUUAUAAAUUUUAUUUUCAAAAUAGGCUUAUUUUUAGGCAAAAAAUUAGCUGCGACCCAGGAAACCCGAAAACUAGUUAGCAACUUCAAAUCAGUUAGGAAAAGCGUGGACAACGGAGUCAUUAUUUAGCCGUUAACGAUGUAAACUACCAACCGAUUCAAUUUUUGACGUGACAAUGUCUUAUAAUUCGAUGGGGCCGGCUGCACGCACGA